GACUGUACAGUAUUUGUCGAGUUGAUUUAUUGAAUUAAUAAAGAGGGCGCCACCAUCAUCUUCAUCACCAUCAUCAUAUGGGUUCAUAAAGGGGCGGUAGAGACUGUCUAAUGCACAUUUAUGACAGGUGUCAUUUCACUCAUGAACCAACCUUGAGAAAACAAACCACUCAUGACAGGUUAUUAGCAUUUGUUUUCAGUGUAACUGGAUGGAUGUCGCGGAAUAUGCGCGUUGACAAUAAUGCCUGCAAAAGACCCGCUUAUCGAAACACUUAAAGUGUGACUACGCCUUUAUAUAAAUGUGACGCUCAUGGUGUAAGAUGCUGAGAAACAAGCAAGACAUCAUGCAACAGCAAAAUACAUCUGUCUGAUACAUGUGCACAUUUACCGACUAUUAAAAAGCAGCUCAGAAGGAACGGCCCACUGUAUUCCUGGGGUAAACACACACAGCUGUGGUGAGCUCCAGGGCAACCAAGUAUGCCAGUGUGUACUGUUUUGGUCUGGGGUAAUGAAGCAAGUGUGCAUUCUGAAUUUGAAAUUGGAUGGCACUGUGACUGACUCCAACCCACACCUGGCAUCCUGCUGUGAGCUCCUGGAACUUAUACUGCGAAAGGGACUACAGCAGCCUGUUCUCAGUUUGGCACAUAGAGAUUACUGGCAUUGUUUUGAACAGCUUCUACAGCACGACACAUGUGGGAGGUUGAGUUCAGUUUCUUUGGCCGUGCAGCAGACAACAGCCUGCAGCAAACUCAUAACCUCUCAAGGCCGAGGACGCUUCUUCAUACGGCUCAUGCUGAUGAGGAGAACCCUGGGAAAUGUAAUAAAACACCUGCUGCACACAAACAGAGUAAUUGAGUGGUAUUGCCCUAAUGUUGCCAUUCUGAGAAAUGAGGAGUUUGUUGAACCGUUUCUUUCGCUGUCUAUGGUGCUGUCAGAAAUGAACUUUAAAAUAAGUAUUGAGAACUGCAGCUUCCUGGAUGAAAGCUGGCUUCUUCCGGUGUGUCAAAUCUAUGAAGCUGUUCCCUGUCGGGAGCUGGGGAUGGUGCUCAGGUACUUAGAUGGACGCGUGUUUGUACUAGACCUGCUUCAGGGUAGUCAAGCUCAGGUGGAUAUGUUUGCCGAGCCUGGUGACAUCAUUGAUGAAAUCAAUGGGAUAUCACUGAGGAAUGCUAGCAAUGGGCAGGCAGGUGUGGUUCUGUCUAAGCUGAAGAGUCAGCCCCUUUCCAUUCACUUGAUACGCUGGAGAGGAGAAGAUGGGUCUAUCUAUCAGCCGCUGAUCAAACACUUACAGCAACUCAAACAGGAAAAGCCCUCACUUCAGUUCGGGCCAAAACCAGCCUCUCAGCAAGACAGAACCGCGGGUCAGAAGAAAGGGCAGACGCAGUGUGUGAAAGAUGGCAGGAUCCUGUACGCUGUGCACCUCUUAGGAAAAGCAAACAUAGGAAUGUAUGGGGGUAAAGAAGUCCUGCAGCAUGCCAUUCCUGUGGUUUUGGAGAGCAGACAGGCAAGAAAGGAAGUACUGCUGGAUGUUAAGGAAACUCAUCUUACUUGCAUAGACAAGUCCAAUAAGCAGGAGCUGUUUCAACAUCACUUCCCUGAGAUAUCAUGUGUUGGGAGAUUUGGAAGCCAACCUGAUUUAACCAUUUUUGCUUUUUGUGUACUAGAUACACCGCAAGCAGGCAAAGCAUCAGGCUUCUGUUGUGUGGUCCUGCAGGCUGCCACAAGCAGUGAGUGUGAAGAGAUUGUGAACCGUGUAGCCGCUGGGUUCAAACAUACAGAAUGGUUCGUAUGAAAAUUCAGAACUUGAGUGAAUUGGACAUCUUCUGAAGUGUGCAUCAUGUGUUUCUAAGCACAAUAUAUAUAAUGCAUUGUUAUAUAUUUCAAUAAAUUCUAACAAUAUAGUUUAUAUAGUAUACUGUAUAUGAUAGAUAAAACCUUAUUGUAAUAUGCUGUAUUUGUGCAGUGUUGUUUUGAUAGAAAUACAUGAAACACUGAGUCUCUUUUUAUUACAAGAUUUUUUUUUCACACAAUACAUAA